AUGGCAAGGGCAAAGAAACACGCGAUCCUUGCAUUUAUUCAUAACGAGGUACAUGUUCGGUUUAUGCCGACAUCCUUGAACGGCGUGAAUUUCUUCAAUCCUACCGAAGAAGACGAGGUGCAGCACGCAGGCGACUCACAAGCUGUCGGAUCCCCUUUGGCGACGGACCCUCUCGGAUCACUCAAAAACUGUUCUUUAACACCAGAUCUUGCUCUUAAUCAAACAAUUGGCGGAAAAAUCCGGGAAUUGAUACACAAGUUAUCCGUUGUAACAACGAUGGGAAAACAUGAACCAACCAAGAACAUCCUUACAGUUCAUGGGGUGAAUCCAUCAAAAAACUCACCGCAAGAAAUUAACACAAGUAAAAGCAGCACUUCUCGUGCGUCUAAUCCGUCAGUGUCAUCGAGCAGAUCGUAUUCAUCUGAAGAUACUUGCGAGAAUGUUAGCUCAGUUACAUCGAGUACGGUGAAUAAGACUACGUUGGAAGCAAAAAAGCCGGAAUCGAAGGUUCAGGAAAAUAUGAUGAGGACAAAGCUGAUGAACACAAAGAAAAUGUCAACGCAGAAUGGUAUCAGUGGUUCUACUACUGUUUCUCAGCUAGACCAUUCUCCUACGUUCAUUUCGACAGGAAGGGGUCGCUCUUCUGUGGAAGUGUGUGCAGAUGAAAGCGCUUAUGGUGUGUAUUCGGAUAUGACCAGUGCAUUUGUUCCAGUUCCAAAACAACAAAAACCUGGAUCUUUGCUUCCAACAAGACCACUUUACGAGGAUGGUACUCAAAGUGACAGAUCACCAACUCUUACGGCAUCUGGAACUGUGAUGAGAACAAUGAGAAAACGAAAAACAACCAAGAACAUUCUUCGAGUUCGAACGGUUACUCCAUCAAAAAACGUGUCACGGAAAGUUGACGACAACAGAAGCAACACUUCUCGUGCGUCUAAUCCGUCAAUUUCAUCGAGAAAGUCGUAUUUGUCUCAGAAAAUACUCGAGAAUGGCAGCACAGAUGCAAUGGGUAAAGUCAAAAUGAAAGCAGGGAAGUCGGAAUCGAAAGUUGAAGCGAGUAAGGGUGAUCGUGCGACUACAAAAUUGCUUGAAGCACCGAAAAAAAUAUCUAGAAAAAAUGAUAUCUGUGGUUCAACUACAGUUCCUCAGCGAGACCAUUCUCCAAAGUUCAUUUCGACAGCGAAGGAUCAUUCUGCUGCGGAAGUAUGUGCAGAUGAGAGCGCUUAUGCUUUGUAUUCGGAUGUAACCAGUGCGUUUGUCCCAGUUCCACAACAACAAAAACCCGGAACUUUGCACCCACUUGUCGACGACGAAACUCAGAGCGAGCGAUCACCAACUCGUACGGCGUCUGGAACUGUGGUGAGAACUCCGCCCGUACCUCACCAUCCUGGAAAGGAUCCGAAACCAAAACCACGGAAAAAUCGCAAAUCAAACAGAAACAUUGCAUUAUGGGAAAGAAUUAUAUCGCCAUCAUACACGCCGGUCAGGGACUGUGGACCUCUGGUGAAACAGUCACCGCCAAGUAGGAGAACACGACAUCAUGGAAAAAAUUUGAAGUCAGUUGAUAGCGAAGUGUUCGAUAGUGGACCAUUCCGACCGUCGUAUGCAUUGGGAAGCUACGCUGAUCAUGGAUCUUCCCCUUAUGAAAUCUCUAACACACCCAUUGAGGUCAAUGAAAGCAGAAAGCAUCGAACGAUGGAAAUACAAAAUCGAGCUCGUUUGGAAUCUCACAAUGAUCAAGCAUGUCUUUCACCAAAAUCUAUUGGUAUACCAGAUGAACCACUGGAUUCACGAUGUAAAAGUCCCCAACUUGUCGAAAUGCAUACAUUCAGAGAUGCUGUUGAUGUCAACUAUCAAAGAAUGGCUAUAACUGGCGAAGAGCUGUCCGGGGUACCUCUCGAGGAUCUGAAAGAUGCUGCCUCACAUCUGAUUGAAGCAUUGCGCAUGCGAAACCAGUACAUGGAGAAAAUAGGAAAUCAGUUCCCAAUUACAACUAAAAGAUUUCUGUCUGGAGAGUAUCCAGCGAAUCUGCCGAAGUUCCGUAAGAAGAACACCGAAAUCACUGCUAACACAUCAUUCAAUCCGCCGGAACCACCAAAGGAUCAUUGGGGACUUAAUACUCCACUGCCUGUAUUCCCAACGAAGUAUACGUUGACGAGGAAAAAUGGCGUGAUCGAAGUGUGCGAUGCAGAUGGCAAACUCAUUCCCACUCUGGCUGAAUUCUACGUCUCCAAAGAUCAAUUCCUCGCUGAUACAGAGCGUCUCACACAGAUGAUUGUGGAUGGACCGCUGAAGUCAUUUUGCUACCGACGUUUGUCAUACCUGCAGAACAAAUUUCAACUGCACGUUCUUCUCAACGAACUUCGCGAGUUACAUGAACAAAAAUCCGUAUCUCAUAGGGAUUUCUACAAUAUUAGAAAGGUUGACACCCAUAUCCACGCUGCUUCAUCCAUGAAUCAAAAGCAUUUGCUUAGAUUCAUCAAGAAGAAGAUAAAGACCGAAGCGAACACAGUGGUGCUUGAAAAGAAUAAACAACCAGUUACUAUGAAGGAAGUGUUCAGAAAGAUGGGAAUCGAUGCUUAUGAUCUAUCCGUGGAUAUGUUAGACGUGCAUGCCGAUAGGAAUACGUUCCAUCGAUUUGACAAGUUUAACACGAAAUAUAACCCUGUCGGCGAAUCUACUUUACGAGAGAUUUUCAUUAAAACUGACAAUUACGUCGGAGGGAAGUAUUUUGCGGAGGUGUUGAAGGAAGUGCUAUCUGAUCUGGAAGACUCGAAGUACCAGCACGCUGAGCCUCGUUUGUCAAUUUAUGGCCGAAGCAAGGAUGAAUGGGAUAAACUUGCUAAAUGGGCAAUAAUUCAUGAUGUAUGGAGCCCAAAUGCCAGAUGGCUUGUCCAAAUUCCUCGACUUUAUGAUAUCUACAAAUCCAAGAAUAUGAUUAAAACAUUCGAUGAACUACUAGAUAACGUGUUCACGCCAUUAUUUGAGGUGACAAACGAUCCGUCAUCACAUCCUGAGCUGUACCAUUUCCUACAACAAGUGUCUGGAAUAGAUUCUGUUGAUGACGAAAGCAAACAUGAAUAUGUCCAUUUCGAUCGGUCCACCCCUACGCCACCUCAGUAUAAAGAUGGCGAGAAUCCGCCGUACAACUAUUACAUGUUUUAUAUGUACGCCAAUCUUACGGCGUUAAAUGCAUUUAGAAGAGAACGAGGUAUGAACACGUUCUCACUACGCCCUCACUGUGGAGAAGCUGGUCACGUCAAUCACCUACUCACUGGUUUUCUUACUAGCGAGAGUAUUGCGCACGGUAUUCUGUUACGAAAGGUACCAGUGUUGCAAUAUCUGUUUUAUCUUACACAAAUGGGUAUAGCGAUGUCUCCGCUUUCUAAUAAUUCAUUAUUUAUUAGCUAUCAACGUAAUCCGUUACCAGAAUAUCUUCAAAAAGGUUUGAACGUCUCGUUGUCAACUGAUGAUCCGCUGCAGUUCCACUAUACCAAGGAAGCGCUUAUGGAAGAGUAUUCUAUCGCUGCUCAGGUGUGGAAACUUAGUUCAUGUGAUAUGUGCGAGCUGGCAAGGAAUAGCGUACUACAAAGCGGAUUCGAAGACAAAGUGAAAAUCCAUUGGCUUGGACCAAAUUAUCGUGAAGAAGGAGUGAUUGGAAACGAUAUUCACCGUACCAAUGUUCCGGAUAUCAGGGUAUCGUUCCGUCACGAAGCACAUGUGGACGAGUUAUGCAAUUUAUUCCGUGUACAACACUUCACAAAUCCACCUGAGUAA